AUGAAGGAGAAGAGAGAUGCACAAUGCACUGAAUCAGAUCAUUCUCAAAACUUGGUAGAUAAAACUGAUGUAAGUGAUGCAAGGAAGAAAAGAAGGCUGAUAUUGCAAAAUAAGAAAUCAUCAUGUGGUCAGCCCAGCAGCGCCCCAUCCCUAAGUACAGUCUCCCCAGUUUCUAUUCCAAAUGUAGAAGAUAGAGCUCAUUCAAUUGAUGCUCGCAAGAAAAGAAGGCUUAUAUUGGAGAAUAGAAAGUUUUCUGUCAUACAACCGGAAACACAAUAUUCCAAAGUGCCACUGUCUAAUUCCGAGGAUGAUUGCAGCUUAUCCAAUACUUCAGACUCUGAGGAUGAUAUGGAACAAGCACCCUUAGCAAAUUCAAAUUUACAAGGGGAUCAAAUAUGGGAAUGUACAUAUUGUCAUGCACACAUGUGGCUUCAAGAACGUGCCAGUAAAACCAAAAAGGGACAUGUUCCAACAUUCCAUCGCUGUUGUCGCGGUGGUAAAAUUUUUGUACCUUUACUUGAAGAGCCACCCCCACUGUUGAGACAUCUGCUGUUUAACAAAACAUCUACCGAGAGCAAAAAUUAUCAAAAUAAUAUUCGAACAUACAACUCAAUGUUUUCGUUUACUUCUCCUGGAAUGAAAUUUGACACCACAUAUUCAAAGAAAGGAGGACCACCAACUUUGAGACUCCACGGUCAAACCUGUCAUCGAAUAGGUACUCUACUACCAGAAACUGGAGACCGUCUGCAAUAUGCUCAGCUAUAUAUUUAUGACACAGAUAAUGAAGUUACUAAUAGAAUGAAGUGUUUCAGAGACAAUACUGAAAUUGACGAGAACAUUGUUCAUAAUUUGAAGAUCAUGUUAGAUGAGUUCAAUAUUCAUGCAAAAGUUUUUAGAAUGGCGGGGGAUGUCCUGGACGAUAAUGCAUUCUUAGACUUAAAACUGAGGGUUAUAUGUGAUAGACCUGAGGAUGUACGCGUGUAUAACAAACGAACGGUUUCAGAAGUUGCUGCACUAAUUGUGGGAGACAUUAAUUCUGCUUAUGGUUAUAGGAAAAAUAUAUUGCAUAGAUAUCACCAUGAAACUGAGGUUACUCGCCAAAAUCGUCAGAGCAUCAAGGGCUGGCUUUCAUACAGGUUACAAGACCGUAGCGAGGAGGCAAAAACUUUGCUACACUCACGCCGUCUGUUUCAACCGUUCUUGGUCGAUGGUUAUUGUAUGAUGGAAUCUGAAAGGCUGAACUGGUUGCGAAAUAAUCAAUCAAAAUUAAGAGUUGGAAAAUAUAACAGGUUGACAGAUGAAUGCAAUAACGAUGAUGGCAGACAACAACAAAAGCGGGGAAAGCGAGUUGUCUUGCCAUCACCUUUUGUUGGGGGAAAAAGAUAUAUGGAUCAACUGUAUUUUGACGGAAUGGCAAUUUCAAGUAGAUUGGGUUUUCCAGACCUAUUCAUUACAUUUACUUGCAAUCCAACAUGGCCAAAAAUUAUCCGUGCCUUGUCCGAAACUGGGUUACAACCAGACGAUCGACCCGAUAUUAUUACUAAAGUCUUCAAAAUCAAAUUUGACGAGCUCAUUGCAGAUAUAACAAAAAAGCAUGUUCUAGGGAAAGUUUUGGCCUUUAUGUACACUAUUGAAUUUCAGAAGAGGGGAUUGCCACACGCACAUAUUUUGAUUUUCUUACAUCCUCAGAGCAAAUACCCCACACCAUCGGACAUUGACAACAUCAUCUGUGCUGAAAUACCAGACCCUGCUGUUCAUCCAAGGUUGUAUGCGUUGGUUAAAUCUAACAUGAUGCACGGCCCAUGUGGAGUGGCGCGCACGACAUCAACCUGUAUGAAACAUGGUAAAUGCUCUAAAUACUUUCCAAAGAAGUUUAACGAGGAAACUAUUGUUGAUGCAGAAGGUUAUCCCCUCUAUAGGAGAAGAUCAAAAACCCACGUUAUUGAAAAAAAUGGUAUCACAUUGGACAACCGUCAUGUGGUACCUUAUAACAAAAGAUUUAUCCUCAAAUAUAACGCACAUAUAAACAUGGAAUGGUGUAACCAGAGCACUUCAAUCAAAUAUCUUUUCAAAUACAUUAGCAAAGGCUAUGACAGAAUAACAGCUUCCGUGUCAACCAACAACAAUGAACCGGUUGAUGAAAUAAAACAAUACUUAGAUUGCAGAUAUAUCUCACCAUGUGAAGCAUGCUGGAGAAUUUACUCCUUUCACAUUCAUGGUAGAAGACCAGCAGUUGAACGUAUGUUUUAUCACCUGGUAGGCGAAAAGGCUGUUUACUACACUGAUCACGAUCGAAUGGAAAAUGUUUUGGAGAAUGCAAGUGUUACUGAUUCCAUGUUUACUGGUUGCCUAUCUGCAAACUCAAAGUAUACUAUGGCACAGUCACUCACUUAUGGUCAAUUUGUAUCUAAGUUUGUUUACCACAAAAAAGAAAGGGAGUGGAGGCCCCGCAAAAAGGGAUUCACCAUUGGGAGAUUGAUAUGGGUUCCACCAACAACAGGUGAACUUUUUUACCUGCGGAUGAUGUUGACCGUAGCCAAGGGACCAAAAAGUUAUGAAGAAAUUCGCAAGGUCGGUAAUACCCAGUAUGAAACAUUUAGAGAUGCAUGCUUUGCCAUGGGAUUUCUGGAAGAUGACAAAGAAUAUAUUGGUGCUCUCAAAGAGGCCAGUGAAUGGGGCUCUGGACAUUUUGUCCAAAAACUAUUUGUGGUGAUGCUAUUGUCAGACGCUGUUAAUCGCCCAGCACACAUUUGGAAGGAAUCAUGGCAGCUGUUAUCUGAUGGUGUCCUACAUGCUCAAAGGCAAUUGGCUUUAAAUACAGAAUUGGUUCUCACAGAUGCCGAAUUGCAACAUUUGACCCUGAUUGAAAUAGAAAAGCUGCUUCAAGAAAAUAAAAGGACACUAAAAGAUUUCAAACCAAUCCCUUAUCCAGAUGGAUAUGUUCUGCAACAAUUAGGUAAUAGACUGAUAUAUGACGAACGCAAUUAUAACAUUGCCAAAACAAAGACAGAAUUCACAAAUCUCUUUGGUGGACUUACAGUUAUGCUAUUGAAGAAACCCAAUUUUGUGAAAGACCUUACUGAUCACCUUGACCCAGAUGAACAGAGAGCUAUGUAUCAAAAAAUUAUGCGCGCAGUUGAGUCGCAGAAUGGUGCAGUCUUCUUCCUACAUGGUUACGGUGGAACCGGUAAGACAUACAUGUGGAGAACACUGGCGGCAGCAUUAAGGUCGAAGCAUGAUAUAUGUCUGACAGUCGCAACCAGUGGUAUAGCGUCAUUAUUGUUGCCAGGAGGUCGAACUGCACAUUCAAAAUUUAAGAUACCAGUCCCAACGCUAGAUAAUUCUACUUGCAAAAUUGAGUACACUGAUGAUGUGGGAGACCUUCUUAGACAAACUAAACUAAUUAUUUGGGAUGAGGCUCCAAUGGCACACAAGCAUACUUUUGAAGCACUUGAUAGAACGCUCAGAGACGUAAUGUCUAAAUACGGUAACUCAAAGGAGAUGUUUGGUGGAAAAGUUGUUGAUUUUGGAGGUGAUUUCAGGCAGAUUUUACCUGUUGUCCCUCGAGGAAGCCGUUCGGAUAUUGUACAUUCUGCCAUAAAUGCGUCUUACAUAUGGAAUUUUGUUCAAUGUUAA